AUGGACAGCAAUCCCUGGCUGCUCCACGCGUUUUCGGUCAUCGUUGGCCGCCUGCUUCUGAUGCAUCUUAGCCAGAUCAUCCUCACUGCCCUCAGCGCGCUCCCGCAUUGGGACCGACUCGUCUUCGAGGACUACGCACUUCUCGGCUUCUCCUGCGCCGCCUACUACGCCUCUUCGCACCUCACCCUCAGUUACGCCGCUGCGCCCGACGACCCCGACGCCGCCGACGCACUGCCCCAACUCCGUGUCGAAGAAGACCCGGCAGAGGCCGCGCAACGCGGCGCGGAGCAAGGUGACGGAGAGCAAGGUGGCGCACAGAACGCGGAGUCGGAGAACGCGGAGUCGGAAGACGAAGCAGAGGCGGAAGACGACGCGGAAGCGGAGCGUGCGAGACGAGGCGACGCGGUGCGGGAGACGGUGGGGGCGGCGCUGCCGGAGGUGGUGCACACACGGUACGCGGGCGUGCGCGAGAGCCGGAUGCGUUUCGAGGACGCGUUUCCGCACGCGAGUCGAGCCUUCUUCUCUGUCGCGACUUGGGACUGUGUGUAUUGCGGCGUGGUAAGCGUGACGUUGCUGGCGGCGGCGGUGGCCUGGGUGGUGCCGCAGGCUUCGGGGUACGUGGCGGCGGCGCUUGGGCGGCGUUGGGGUCUGCCGUCGGUGCUGCCGUUGGUACUUUUCGAGUCGAACCCGAGUGCGUCAGAGUACGGUGCGGACCUGUCGCUGGGUUUCUGGUUGUUACGGCACGCGCGGGCGAGUUACGCGUGCGUGUUCCAGGGCGGUGCGUGUUCUGCACACAGCGCGCUUACGGCGGUCACGGCGGUCACGGUGCCGUUUUUGGCGAACCGCGUAGUACGCGCGAAGGUGAACAUUCCCGCAGCGCGGGCGACGAGGCUGUUUGCGCGGUUGCUGCGUACGCCGAUGGCGCAUGCUCUGUGUGCGGCGCCGGUACCGCUGACGGCUCGGCCGCGCGCGGACUCGAGUUCUGGAGCGUUGGUUGUGCGACUAUGCGUCUGGGUGCGGCGGACGUUCCGAAGUUUGCCCGUGCCGCCGGGUUGGGAGGCAUCGGAGGUGGCAGUGCGUGUGUGGCCGGAUUUGCGUAAGAUUUAUCUGUCGGCUGAGGGUGUGUGUGGGAUCGAGUGUACGGGUGGCAUUCGGUUGGUGCUGCACGCGAUUGACGUGAAGGACUUUACCGUCGCUGGCGUCUUUGUAGCUCGUUUCCCCAAUGGCCUUGACGUGCAGUUCCAGGUCUGGAUGCCGAAGGCCUGCAUCCCGAGUCGCUACGACAGCGGCUACGUCCGCUUCGCCGCUUCGCGGAUCUUCACGCUCUUCCAGGCGCCGGACCACGGUGCGCCUCAGGUCGCGCGCGGCUUCUAUCUCACUGAUCAAGACGGCACCUUCACCUUCCGAUACGCCGUCGCUCGUGCGCCAGCGCAAAAGGACGCGCCGCGAGAAAAAAAGGGCGCCUGGCUCGCGGCGCGGUGGCACGCGCUACUGCGCUGGCUGCGUUGGCGCCAGUUCGUGGCGCUCUACGCCGCAGCGGGCACACUGUUGGUGGCGACUGCGGUGGUCCCGGCCGUCUUUUGCAUGGUGGGACUCUUGUGCUUCGGCCGCUGGAUGCUCACCGGUAGUGCGCGGGCCGCCUUCACACUGGUCCCGACGGGCAUCGGUUUUGCGCACGUGGCGGGCAGCGGCGGGCCGCCGCCGUGGCUUCUAGCUACGGCCGAGCGGAGCGAUCUGACGUGCGUGUGCGUUGCACAACUAUGCGUCGCGAUGCUCGCCAGCCUCGCGACUACCUUGAACCAACGCCCGUUCUGCUCCACCCUCCGCAAGACCGUCUGUUCCUGGGCGGCGAAACUCUAUCUCUUCGGACUCAACUCCGUCUUGGUCGGCUACGUCGUCGACCGACAACUACUCAACACUGCACACUUUACCCCACUCAAGUGGCUCGUCAUUGGGUACCUCCCGCUCAGACUUUGGUGGUUUGCUCUCCGAGUCCUCACCUUCUAUUGCCCCCCUUAA